UCGAUUGCCGAAACCGCAUUGCAAUGUGCUCAUGGCACAAUUGCGGGAUUACUUGCACACUGCAGUACCAACUCCGUUGAUGGACACCGGAGUAGAGGUUGUCGACCUUCACGCUUACAUUGCGAAGAUCGACCGCGAGUUCAAGACGCAACGGUACGACGACAUCGAUGCACCAUUGUUAUAUGUACGCAUUCAGAUCGGAGAGGAGACCUGCAGCGCUUUGAUCGAUUGCAGAGCAUCUCGCAACUACAUGAGCCAAGACUUCACGGUACGCGCUGGCCUUGGCCCACGUGUCCGAAGGAAGUCCCAGCCGACGCAAGUCACGUUGGCAGACGGUCACACGCACAAGUCAAUAGACCGGUGCAUUGAUGACGUCCCCGUGUACUUUGCCCCGCACGCGAGCGAGGCGGUGUCCUUCGAUAUUUUGAACACCAAAUUCGACAUUAUCUUGGGCAUGUCAUGGCUGCGCAGCGAGGAUCACCCGGUGAACUUCUACCGCCGCACCGUUCACGUUCAGUUCCGACACAUGCUGGAUCGAUUCGUACUUAUCUACCUCGACGACAUCCUGGUGUACAGCCGGAGUUUGGACGAGCAUGUGGAACACCUGCGCACCGUUUUGGAGCGGCUACGACAAGCCAAGUACAAAGCCAACCGCGACAAAUGCGAAUUCGUGCGGCAGGAGUUGGAGUACUUGGGACAUUAUGUGACGCCACAAGGCAUCCGUCCGUUUGCGGACAAGAUCCGAGGCCAUCCGCUCUUGAAACAACACGACGACGACGACUGGCACCCUGUGGAGUAUUUCAGCCACAAAGUGCCUCCCAUCAACUCGCUUGAUGAUGCAAGAAAGAAGGAGCUGCUCGCGUUCGUGAUGGCUCUCAAGCGAUGGCGGCACUUCCUCCUUGGGCGUCGUAGGUUCACAUGGGUUACGGACAACAACCCACUGACUUACUACAAGACGCAAGAUACAGUGAGCAGCACGAUCGGGCGAUGGAUGUACUUCAUCGACCAAUUUGACUUCACACCGAAACAUCUUCCCGCCCUCUCCAAUCGCGCAGCAGAUGCACUCUCGCGAAGACCUGAUCUUUGCGCUAUGACACAUCAUGCCUUCCCAUUCGACGAGGAACUUCAGCGACACUUCAUCCGGGGAUAUGAGUCGGAUCCGGACUUCGCCACGUUGUAUGCGCAGUUAUCUUCGGAUCAUCCGCCGGCCAGCCACUAUCGCAUUGCCAAUGGGUACGUGCUCCUCCACUCGAGAGGCAAGGACUUAUUGUGUGUCCCACGAGACCGUCGUCUUCGGACUCGCCUUCUCGGCGAGUACCAUGACUCGCGACUCGCCGGCCAUUUCGGAGUCAACCGCACCAUUGCACGGCUUCAACAACGAUUCCGAUGGCCCGACCUCAUUACCGAUGUCACUCGGUAUUGCGACUCUUGCGAAGUUUGCCGACGAAGCAAGCCCCGCAAUCGCAACCCCUAUGGCGAGUUGCGCCCGAUGCCUAUCCCACGGGAACCCGGCCUCUCAAUUGCCAUGGAUGUCACCAGACCAUUUCCUCGCGAUCGCCUCGGGCACGACGACAUCCUCACGGUUGUGGAUCGUUUGAGUAAGUAUGCGCGUUUCCUCCCUUGCAAGUACUACUCCACGGCUCCCAAGCUGGCACGCCUCUUGAACACCGGUUGGAUUUGUGGCCACAGUGUACCAGAAGACAUAGUCAGCGACCGCGACACGCGCUUCAUGUUGGCAUUUUGGACUGCUCUCAUGCAGGAGUCCGACACGAAGAUGAAACCAAGUUCGGCUCGGCAUCCACUGACGGACGGGCAGAUGGAGCGGGCACAUCAAACCGCUCAAAUGAUGCUUCGUACGCUCAUCCGUCCGGACCAGAAAGAUUGGGUUGACCGCCUCCCCGACAUCGAGUUCGCCUACAACACUUCGGUGCACCCGGCGAUCAACGUGACUCCAUUCGAGUUGCACCACGGUGGACGGAAAGGCCGUAUCUUCGCCGACCUUCUCCUCCCACGACAGCCGACAUCGACUCCGCUUGCUCUCCGGCUUUCGUCCGGAAGUACAGGGAAUUGUUGGCUCAAGCCCGCGCGAACAUGCAAAAGGCUCAAGUCCGUAUGCAGCAACAAGUCAACAGGCGUUGCGUGCCAUGUCCCAUCCGCGCUGGUGAUCUGGUUUGGGUCUCCGCGGAAGAGUUUGCACUGGAACAGGAUGUUUCAUGCAAACUGCUUCCCAAGUGGUUUGGACCAUGGCCCGUAACAUCAGCCGCGGGCGAUGAGCCCGAUGGCCCUUCAUUUGUGAUC